AUGGCAUUCACACAAGGACACAUGGCAACUUCGGAGAAGAGAACCGGUACAUUAAUUGUUCUUUCGGAAAUAUCCGAAAUCACCCGAACAUCCGGCAAUUUUCAAUUUCCUCAUUCCCUUCCAGAUCAAGAGAACCGUACUGCUGCUGCCGCCACUGCCAACCAGGCACUCAUUGCCCUUCUCACCAGGUUGAAUCAGAUGGUUGAAGAGGUUCUCCGGUCCCGGUCAGAAGAUGAGAGGAUGAGGUUGAGCAGAGCCAUUGCAUCUCAAAUGAAUGAUGCCAUUCACUCCUACCGGACGACGGCUACCUACAUCCCCCUUCGCCUGCUCUCUAUGGCAGCUGAGAUUCAGAGGGUACCGGAUUGGACUCAUAUUGGCAACAAUGAGGACAUUUGCCGAGGUCAUCCGUUAUACCCCAAGACAUUGGGUCCUGCUCCUACUCCACCAACCACUACUGCUGCACCAACACUGCUAUCUGGCCCUCCACCAGCACUUGCACCUGUAGCCAAACCUGCACCGGCACCUGCUCCUGUACCAGCACCUGCUCCUCAACUGGCACCUGCUCCUGUACUGGCACCUGCUCCUCCACCGGCACCUGCUCCACCGGCACCUGCUCCACCAGCAUUUGCUCCACCAGCUCCCAACACAAUCCGCAUUCCUGGCAAUACAUCUGGUGCCAUUGCAGGCCCAUCGAGACCACGCAAACGACAAUUCAGCGCGAGUCCCCCACGUCAGGUCAAGAGGGCCCGGAAGGCUAUCCCCAAGUCGAAGUCAUUGUUAACAGACACGGACACUGACGGCGAUACAGUUCGCAUUGGCAAAGAUAAGCCCAAGGCGAAGGCGAAGGCAAGGGCAACGUCACUGGAUCGCGAUAACCGGCAAAUGACGAUGGAAGAUGGCGAUCAUGAUCCGGAAGUCAUUAAUUUACCAACCAUUGUCAUUACCACUCGGCCAAUGCUGCCCCCUCCAGACCAGAAGAAGAAGGCCGCUGACUCGGAGGAAUAUGAACCGGAGGAGGAGGAGGAGGUGGAGGAGGAGGUGGAUGAAGACGAUGCAAUUGAGCCUUCUGGGACACGGGUCAAACCGGGCGAGGGACGAUUACCAUCCAAGUCCGGUACAGAUCAUACCAGAACAGCCAAGGACAAGGCAAAGACCAGGGGCAAGCAUCCACAGCCGAAACCCAUUGGUAUGCCUAUCCUACCAUGCAGGAGAUGCACAAUUAUGAAGGCCAAAUGCAAAAGCUGGUUGACCAAAAGGGGCGAGGUCGCCCAUACUUGCAUUCUUUGCAGCAAGUGGAGGAUGAAAUGCAUCCGGCUGGAUGAUCCGAUCCUACUGGCCACAGCCAUAGUCACUAGCUCCAAGACAACCGGAAAAACCAAGACCGUUGGGCAGUCAAAAAACAAAGGCAAAGUCGUCCAAACUCAGUGUCCCAGUCCUAUUCCGGAGGAACCGGAUGUCGAUGUUGAUAUGACCGAUGCCCCUGCACUCACCGGCACCGAACAUCCUGGCACUGCUACUGAUGCAGGCCCUGAGGUAUCUGUCGAUGAUUUUUCGACAGAUUGA